UAUUUUUGUGUUUUAAUGUCGAAAAGUGUUUUGGAAACGAAACCUGAAAUCAUGUCUGUUUCUAACCUUAAAAUUAUUUUUGAAGGGAGUUUGAGCUGCAAGAGGAACCCGAGGAAUUAUUGGCAGUGUACUUCAAGCAGUGCAUCAUCCAAUCUUUACAGGAAUUGUUUGGCGAGAUUGGGGCAACAGUCCCUGUUGACAUACUUCGAUACAGUCCAGAAACUAGGAGGGCUAUAUUAAGAGUGCCAGAGUAUAACUACGUUAAGCUCAGAUCAAGCUUAACUUUAGUGAGCCGAUAUCAAGAUAAAAAGUGUCUGUUCCGUGUCUGCAAAGCUGCACCUUUACUUUUAAAUCUCCUUGGUGACAGUAGAGACUACAUUCAUCAAAAUGUCUGAAUGUGUGAAACGUGGUCCCAAGGACAAAGACACUAUCAUCUUUGCAACUAAGGAGGAUCAUUCUGUUCCUAGCAAAAUAUCACUGUCUGAACCUGAACAACAGCCUGGGCUUAUUAUGCCAGAUGGAAAAAUUAAUUGGAACUGCCCAUGUCUGGGCGGUAUGGCGACUGGACCAUGUGGGGUAGAGUUCAGGGAUGCUUUUAGUUGUUUCCAUUAUUCAGAUUCAGACCCCAAAGGUUCUGAUUGCUACAAUAAAUUCAAAGACAUGCAGACGUGCAUGCAAAGAUAUCCUACCCUCUACAAUAAAGAUUUGGCUGAUGAUGACGAUUUGUCGGAGGCUAUCGAAAAGUCGGAGAAGGCAACAGCGGAGGCUAAGGCCAAAGAAAAAUGAUGAUUACAUUCCUCUGCUCUAGUUCACAUUUUAGUUUAAUAAACUAUUACCGUUUA